GAAGUUCUGUGGGUUAACUGCCAAGUAGACGCCAGCGAUUCAUUGAUUUCAUUGAUAUUCGGCUUCGAACCCCUCCCCCCCCCCUUCUCUAGCUGGGGUACAAGCUUCAUUAAUCAAAGUAUUACUUCGUAUAAGAUUAAGGAGCCCCCAAGCCCGCUCAAUUCCGCUAUAAACCAGUCCGCCGUAUUACUAGAGAAAGAAGUGAGCCGCGCUAAUAACGAGAAGAAAAAGCAAAAGCGAACUCGAUCUAUAAGGACGAUAGUCUAUAAGGGGAAUCUCUUAGUUUAG